GGAUUAGGUUAGGGAUGAAAAAUUCUUAACCUCAAAACUGGAUGUUUUUGCUAAGAUUCCUCAUUGGUUUUUGUUUAUUAUUAUAAAUUAUAAUACAACCAUAUAGUUAAGUUCUCUUGGUUCAUUUCAUUUUCAUGAAAAGUACAGAUCAUCUUCAUUUAAAACGAGAAUCAAUUCCAAUUUCCAUAAUUACUAAGGUGUACAAUUUGCAAAGGAACUCAUUCUUAUUUUCUAGUAGAUAAGAGAGAUGAAAUGAAUGUUUUAACUCCAAGGGAAUUCGAAUUGGCUCUGGCAGAGACAACCUUUUCUCUGGGUUCUCCAUAGACAAAGAGGGUUCUCCUGAAAUAGGAAAGUGAACUAAAAAUGUGUUUAGUACUGAACCCGUGCUCAUAUUUUUCAUCAACAAAAGUCAACUAGAUUACAUGGAAAUUUAAAUUCUGGGAAUAUGGAAGAUAUCAAGAUUGCGGAUUCUUCAUGGUCGCAUUAUAUCAAAGACAAACAAAACUUAGUUUUCAUACCAAACGUUGCCAAACAGAGAUAUACGAUUGUUCAUGAAUUGCUCACUCAUUCGAAGUGGAGAGACCAAAUCUCUUCAGUAACAGAGUAUGGUUGUGCGGGUUACAAAUUUUUUCCAUUUUUGAAAAAUACUCCAAGUAUAAAACAAAUUAACUUCAUAGACAUUGACGAAUAUUUGUUGGAGCAGAGGCUGUUUUUUAUUAGGCCUUUAUUGUAUGAUCACAUGAAUGAAAGAGCUAAUCCUCUAGAAGUAAAAGUAUUUGAGGGAAGUAUUUCAGAUCCAGAUUGGAGAAUACUAAAUUCAGAUGCUGUUGUAGGAAUUGAAAUAAUUGAACAUUUGUUUCCUGACACAUUAGAUGCAGUACCCUACGUUAUAUUUAACACUAUCAAACCCAAGAUUGUUAUUUUCACAACUCCUAAUGCGGAUUUCAAUGUAGCUCUACCAAAUUUUCAUAAAUUUCGUCAUCCAGAUCACAAAUUUGAAUGGACAAGGGAGCAGUUUCAGUCGUGGGCUUCAAACAUCACAUUACGAUUUCCCCAAUACAAAGUAUCAUUUUUUGGUGUUGGAAGGGGCCCAAGAGGGACCUCUGAUCUUGGCUACUGUUCUCAGUUGGCUUUAUUCAUAAGGACGGAUAUGAUUGGGUUUCCUUAUGACACCUCACCUUGUUUUUGUGAAGGUGCAAAGUUAAGGAAAAAUGGUGAUCAAUGCUCAGAUUGUAAUCCCCUACAAGCUCACGGCAUUUGUACAUACUUGACAAAAUCUAAAGAAUUCCAGUGUACUAACGGAAAUGAAUUCUACAGAUUACUAGAGAAAGCUGUAUAUCCGCACAAGCGAAAUGAUAAGAAAACCAAAGAAGAGCAUAUUUUGGAAUCUCUUAAGUAUAAAAUCUAUAACGGUUUCUUUCAAUAUACAAAUGAAGAUGGUGUGGAUGAAAUACCAUUGUAUUCAAUUACUAGGACUUAUGAGGGACAGAAUAUUACAGAGGAGGAAAUCAAAGAUGUUCUGAUUCUUCAUGGAUAUAAAAUAAAAAAUUGCCUGGUGAAGAAUUGUAAUGGAGAAGGCAAUGAUGAUUGGGCACCCUGUGUGUUAUAUCAAAGACCCCAAACUCCUUCAACCGACUCAGAAACCCACUCUUAUGAAGAUGAAAACCAAAGGUUGUCUCCAGAAACGCCCCUUUCUGACUGGGACGACGAUACCGCAACAGCCCCAAAGGGUGAUUGUUCUAAGGGAAUCUCGAGAAUCCCAAAGAGUACAAAGAAAAUGGACGGUAACAAAAAGCAUGCGAAAGGACUGGUUGAGUCGGGAUUAGGUAAAACUAUAUCCAUCACUGGCACGUCACAGCCUGUAGCCAAGGAUGCUACCGACAAAGUGAUAGGAAGUUGUAUGAGCCUGAAAGAAUCGACGCUGAGGAAACAGCUGAAGGCGGUCAUAUUGAGCGAUUGUAAGUUCGAACCCUUGUUCAGCACCGAAACCCUGCUGAAAGAUCAGAAGACCGUGAACAGACCCCUUCCGGAUCCCAAUAAGGUGAACGAAUUAGACUGCCUGAACAACAGGAACCAAUCGAGGCCGUAUCCUUUGAGUAAAACGUUCUUCAGCCAGAUAAUGAGGACGCAAUUCAAAAUCACCAGUAGGAGGUCUCCGCGAAAGACUUUCAGGGAAAGAACCACGGCUUCGAAGAGCACGAAACGAAAGAGUAGAAAGCCACUGUCAGAUAGCGAGGAUGAUGCGUUGGGCCAUAUUAAAUCUAUUGCAAAUUGCCUUCUAGAGAACACGCUGAACAAGCUCGAUAUCAAAGAGUCCAGCAAGCUGAUAGCUGAUCACAUUGACGACCCAGUUGUGCAAACACCAGAGUCUAGCACGUCCUCCAGUUCGAACUUUCAGAUCAUGGAUCUUCCCUCCUCUUCGACGGAUCAAGAUGGCAGCGGUAGCUCGGGAAGUAAUGAUACUUCGCAAGAUACUGUUGUUGACGUGAGGAAGAAGGGUUUCGACACUAACAAUUCGGUGACCAGUAGAGAAGCACUCUACGAUCCGAAUUCACGUGUUGAUCUUUUGGAAGAUUUCGAUAUAUCGCCUUUGCUAGAUGGUUUCGGCAGCGUCCAGACCAUUUCAGUCGGUGCUCCAGCAAAUAACGUGGUAUUCUUGGGCAUGCGGCCUUUGAAUGAAGACGACUCAGCUCAACCUGAUGGUAAUGUUUUUCCAGGAUGGCUGUUAAGGAUUCUCCGUAAUAACUUUCCAGAUAAUAACCAAGACAACAGCAAUGAAUGGGCAUAUUUUUAUAGUCAAGGAGACGGGUGGGGAAAUAAUACACCAUGGAUUAUAAGAAACAAUGACGACGAAAGUGAGGAUGCUAGUUCUGAGGCUUCCUCAACAAACGAUUCAUCAAUAGCUGAAGCAGAUAAUAGAAGUUCUUUUCAAGAUAUCAUUUCACUUCCCGAUGACAGUUUAGCUACGCAUUCCGAAAGAAAUCACAGACAGAUCGAACACCAAAGGUUACACAAUGAAGAUAGUGAGGAAUACUUUGAUACUUUGGAUAAUAUUGGUGCCGCUCCAUGACAAUCUGAAUUACUGCUCAGGAAUUCAGCAUAAAUGAACUUUCAAAUAUUUACUAAUUUGCAAUAAAUCUUCCGAAGUUAAACAUGUCA